AUGGGUCACUCUUCUUCAAAAGAAGCGCUCCCAGAGCUCCCCACCAGACCGCGGUUGCCAAAGUCGCCGUCAGAUCAGUCAUCAUUCGACAUCCCACAACCCAAAUUAGCAAAAGUUCGCAGAAGACCUAAAGACAAUCAUGCUCUUCUCGACGAAUCCAUGAUAUGGAAGAGCCCGUGGACAGGAGAUCUUCUGCCUAAAGCCGCUCCGGAAGUGUAUGACACUAAUCAUAACCGCGGGCGGUCUUUUCCAUCGUUUUCUGCCUUGCAGCGAGGGUCCUCUUUUUCAAGCAGCAAUGGUGGGAAGCGCUGGUCAACACCGGAUGCUUCCCUCCCAAGUAGGCAUGACACUCCAUUGGCCCGGUCUAGCUCUUACGUUUCGAGGAAGUUAUCCAAGAAGAGGUUCGACCCGCAGGUAUCCAGCCAGCAGCGACAGAGACAAACCCGCCGAAGAGAGCCAACUUUUGGGUUUCUUGAUUUCGAUACUUCAAAGGAAGCUCUAUCAUCUUUCUAUGUGACCAGAACGGGAGACACUCCCCCAAAUUCUCCCAUUGGGACACCCAACGUUCCUUUAAUGCGCCGUAAGUCUUUACGGACGCCAGGGAUUCCAAUGAGACCCCCUCCGCGAAAGUUAUAUAUUCGAGAUACUUCGUCAGUUGAACAGGAUCAAAUGAAUGCAUGUUCCUUUGCUGCCAUCCCUGCUUCGAGGUUCUCACGCUGGCCGCUAUCCGAAUCUGACGAGGAGCGGGAUCAUUCCCAUCCCUCCACUUUUAAUCAUCGGUCUAUUUCUCCGGUUGAAUUGGAUUAUUCACACUUGGGUGGAUUCAAGAGAGGAUCGCUACGAAUAAUGAACCGUUCGGCAUCUCCAGCAAACAGUGUUCAUACUCGGCAUCUCAUGUCAGGCAAUGGCUCGACCACGUUUCCGAAACUGGAUGAUCAUACCCUAGUCAAUGCCAACGGUUUACUUAACAACAUCGACCCGACCUCGUGCGUAUUUGAUUCCCAGAAUAAACCUCUAGUCCAGUACUGUGGUUAUGACGACCCUGGCCAACCCCAUGCGCGUGGUCGUUCUCCUAGGAAAGAGCAAAUGCCCUCUGAUGCCCAAGUUUUGCUGAAUCCAACCUUGAAGUCCUACAAGCGGAGUUCUUCGAGGUUACGUGAAGUGAUUGAGACUGUUGGUGUCAUUGAAUCGAAAGGAGUCAGUAUUCCUGAGAGGAAACCGGAUCGGUUUCCAGGGAAUACUGAUAGCGGCUACAGCUCACUGGACUCUGACGGAUCUUCUUGUCCAUCCAACUCACCGCCUCGAGGAUAUCAAAUGGUUCCUCCUGAGCAAAAAACUGAAAAUCAUGGUGCUAUGAAUGCCGAGAGUCAAUACUUGCUAUUAUGUGAACCCAGAGACAACGAACUUUAUCUAAAGCAGUCGGUGGACGGCAUUUCUGUUCCACGGAUCACCACAUCGCCAGAAUGCCGUACCCCAGAAAACGAGCAAAACAUGUACGAUGACAGUAUGCAGCAGGAGUAUAUCCCCCCUGGACCACCCCGGUACUAUUCCAAUCUUGGUCCUACUGCCGUUCCCCCGGUUCCAGAUGCAAUCAGCAUUUACAAGGGAGACAGCGACUCGGAUUCAUCAAGUCACGAAACAGACAGCAUCUUGUCAUUACGUUCGCGCCGUCUGUCUACGUCUAAUUUGAAACGGGUACUUGGCAAAAACGCUGAUUCGGAGGAUAAUCUCACCUCAUAUUCGCCUCGAAAAGGCAACGUCCUCUCCAAGGGUCGGAGAAGCCCCUCGAAAUCCCCGGUAAAGGACUCUCGGCUUCGGUCUCUGUCAGAACCACGUUAUCAAAUUCGAUAUCGCAGCACAAGCCCUAGUCCUUUGAGGGGUUCUCAAAAUUCUCAUGAUAUUAUCCCCCCAGUGCCCCGUAUUCCAAGUACGUUUGGGGGACGCCGCAGUUCGCCUUCGCCACGCCACGCGACGGAAACAGCCCUUCCCCGUGGGCGCACUCGAUCACGUACUGUUGGUCCAGAACAUACCAAGUUAGUCAAGGCUCGGCAAGUCUCGGUGAAUAGGGUUUCGAAUGCACAAGUCAUCGAUCUCUAA